AUGACUCCUAACAAUAUUUUUUCACUUCUUGUACUUGUCGCUUUCACGGACUCUUUAAAAAUUCUAGUAUAUUCUCCAGCAUUUGCUGGUAGCCACACGAAUUUUAUGGCUAGAAUUGCGGACACUUUAACUGAAUCUGGGCAUAAUGUCACAUUUUUUGUACCGAUUUUCGAUGAUAAUAGGAGUAACCAAUUGGGAGUGAAGCUUACGAAAAAUGUAAUUAAGAUGGAGCGAAGCGAAGAGAUGAAACUAGACCCUGUCACAAUGGACAAUGUGACUUCAUCCUUCUGGAAUAUCAAUGUUAACUCCAAAGAGGGUCAUUCUCUUUUUGAUCCAGUUCACAAGCUAACUGUGCAAAGUUGUCGAAGCUUGUUUAGCAAUGCUGAACUUCUGGCGACUCUGAGAUCUCAUGAAUACGAUGUUGGGAUAUCCGAACCAAUGAUGACAUGCAGUUUGGCACUUUUUCGACAUCUUGGAAUUCAAAAAACGAUUCUAGCCAGUUCCUGUCCAAAUUUUGAUGUUGUGAUGGCAGCGAUGGGUGAACCAGCUGAAACAAGUUAUGUGCCUGGGAAGAUCCUUACUUGUUACAAUCACCAAAUUCACGGAAUAACAAUCACGACAUAUUCUUUUACAAUUUACUCGAGUGUGUCUGGAGAUAGAAUGGAUUUUGCUGAUCGUCUUGAAAAUUAUGAUAUGUACCAUUUUAUGGUAAAGCGAUACGGCCAAGUGUUUGAUGAUGAAGCAAAGGUGUACAGAAGUUUUCUAGGACAAGACUUCCCAGAUUGGAGAGAGUUGAUACCUGAUGCAUCUGUACAUUUUACUAAUUCAAUUUCCUACUUGGAUUUUCCAAGACCAUCGAUUCAAAAAACUAUUGAUAUCGGAGGAAUCACCGUGGACGUCGAACAAAUCGAAUCGCAAAAGCUGAGCAACGAAUUCAAUGCUAUUCUGGACAAGCAAGAGAAAACAAUGUUCAUUUCAUUUGGCUCAAUGGCGAAGUCAUUUGAAAUGCCCCAAAAUUACAAGGAAAAUUUGCUGGAAGUUUUCAAAUCCGAGCCCAAUGUCACAUUUAUCUGGAAAUAUGAAUCUAAUAAUGUUAGCUUUGCGGAGGGUCUGGACAAUUUAGAACUAGUGAAAUGGGCUCCACAAACAACACUAUUGAAUGACAAGCGAAUGAGUGCAUUUUUGAGUCAUGGAGGGUUGGGAAGUACGAUUGAAACGGUCUUUUUCGGAAAACCAACCAUUAUGAUCCCAAUAUUCUUUGAUCAAUUUCGCAAUUCCCACAUGUUGAGUCGCCUAGGAACGUCAGUAACUCUCCUGAAAACUGAUUUGGGAAAUUUGGAUAAAUUGAAAUCAGCAUUUCACAAAAUUUUGCACAAUGACAGUUUUCGAAAAAAUGCUGGACAUGUGGCAGAUGUGGUACGGAACCAGCCAAUCAAGCCAAAAGAGUUGGUAGUCAAGUAUACUGAGUUUGUUGGAAACCACGGACCAUUUCACCAUAUGACCCCAUACAGCUUGAAAAUGCCCUGGUUUCAACGACAUGGAUAUGAUGUUUUAUUGUACAAAUCGACGUUUUAUCUUCUGCCAUCUUUCUUAUUUCUUGCGUCAUUCAGGAAAUUUGUUUUUUCUAGAAAUGAAAUUCCAGCCAGCCGAUAA